AUGGAAUCUCGAAGCAGCGGUUCUCAUUUUGCGCGGGCAUCUCUACCAGGCUUUGUGUCGACGUCCGUUUUGACAUCAUCUGAUGGGCUUUUCGGUGACAAUGUCGAAGAGAAGCGCGUGACAGAGGCUCCACCUGCGCGACCUGAGGAUACUGUAAAUUACAAGCCACUAUACGAACAGCUUCUGGAACGCAAGGAAACCAAAGAUAUUGAAUGGAAGGAGAAAAAUAAUCCCUUUGCUCCUCCGAAGGGUCUGGACGAUGAAGAGUUCGAAUACAUUCAGGAUCUUGAUAGGAAAAAGGUGGAUGUUGAGCGAAAGCGUCAAGCGCAGCAUGAUGAGGAUCUCGCUAAAUUUUUAAUGGCACGUGGUGCUCCCAAACCGGCAUCUAGUGUGGUGCUUACGGCGCAGCAGCUCCAAAAGUAUCCAAGUGGGCAAGACUCAAGGACAAUUGGCAAAAAUGCGACUGCUAUUCGAGUAGCUAAGGCAAAGCGAAAGGUUGAUGCUGGUACUUCACGGUCCGCUGAAGAAAUUACAAAAUGUCUGAAGAAAAAGCAGAAGGUGGUCAAAUUACUUCCUUGUGAGAAGCAAACCUCGAGUACCGCAGCACUGGGACUCGGAGCAUAUGACAGUGAUAGUGACGAAGUUGACACGAACUAG